ACACCUGUUUUUGAGAGUGAAAGUAUUUGUCUCCACUCUGCAGCUACUUGAAAGAUCGUGUGAACUAUUCUUCAACAAAAAAAUCUUCCGGCGAAACAUUAAAUUACUCCCAUCCGCUAUAAAAUGCCUUUCGGAAUAUGAAAGACCAAAAUAAAUUUGUUUCUUGAGAAUUUUCGUUCACGGUGAACAAAUUGUAGGGAAUGCAUCAGAUAAGCAAAGUUAAAUGUAAAAUGUUUCACUUUUUCUCAGGUGGAUAGGGAGAGAUGGAAGAAAGGAAAAGUGCACCGUAUUACAAUAUUACUAGUUCGAAAGUUUGUAGGAGUUUCUAAUGUCACCCAAAUCAGUUAUUUCACUAGCAGUAAGCUCAGCUGUAAUCUUUCCUAAAGAAAAUAUAGCGAACGUAUAGUCUAUUCAGAUGCAGUAUCAGCUAGCUAUUGGGCUGUGGCUCCGCUAUUGGACAACGUGACGUAGCGUUAAUGCGCAGGAAAAACCAAUCAGGAAUUUCAGCAUUUCGAGAGCCGAUGUCGUGUGUCUUUCCAAAUCACGAGGCUAAUUUGUGUAAAUUGACAUCUAAUCACUGCUAGUCCAUUAUUCCCUGACCGAGCUUCUAGGGAACAAUAAGCAACAAGUGGUUGAGAAAACAUAACCAACGAAACGUUGAAGACCAGUUGAAAUGUCAAAAGAAGUGAAACGUGUAUUUCUCACAGGUGCAUCUGGAUUACUUGGUCGAUCAGUUUACCAAAAAUUUUCAGAGCAUAACUGGACAGUAUUUGGUACAGCGUUUUCAAGAGUUCAGCCACAUUUGCACAAAAUUGACCUAAGAGACGAGAAUGCUGUUCAGACAGUGUUGUCAGAAUUCAAACCAAAUGUGGUCAUUCAUACUGCUGCCCAAAGAUACCCUGACAAGGUUGAUGCUGAUCCUGAAGCUGCAGUGGAUAUCAAUGUUCGUGCAACAGAGAGUUUAGCUGCACUUUGUGCCAAAGAAAGAGUGCCUCUGAUUUACAUCAGCACAGAUUAUGUAUUUGAUGGUAAAAAUCCUCCCUAUUCAGAAGAAAGUGUCCCCAGCCCUCUAAAUCUUUAUGGGAAAACAAAACUGCAGGGAGAGGAAGCUUGCAUGGCAGCUUCAUCAGGGAACAUUGUUUUACGUAUCCCAGUCCUUUAUGGCCCUGUAAUGCAUCUGGAAGAGAGUGCAGUAACAGUUCUUCUAGAAGCACUGCUGAAUACUUCUAAAGAAAGGCAGGUGUCGGAUUACGAGCGUCGCCGACCAUCUCAUGUAGACGAUAUUGCUGAAAUCUGCCUGGGACUUGCUGAUAGGAAACUGAAGGGUGAACCGAUUCAUGGAAUAUAUCACUGGUGUGGCAAAGAGAUAUUUACAAAGUAUAAAAUGCUGCAAGAGAUGGCAGAUAUCUUCCAUUUGUCCAGUUCACACAUUUCUCCUGCUCCUGCACCUCUUCUCAGCUCCUCUGCCACCCGACCUUAUGACACAACUUUAAACACUAGUAGACUUACGGAACUCAAUAUUCAGUGUCACACACCUUUUAGGCAGGGCAUAAAAGCAGCUCUUGAACCAUGGAUAAGACAAAACCAAAAUUAAGUGAAAUUAGAAUUGUACAUAUAAAAUUUUAGUUACAUAUAGUUUGUCUGAGUAUUAAAAAGGCAAACAAAAGUAAAUACUCAAUAUAUUGUGUGUGUGUGUGUGUGUGUGUGUGUGUGUGUGUGUGUGUGUGUGUGAGAGAGAGAGAGAGAGAGAGAGAGAGAGAGAGAGAGAGAGAAAGGGGGAGGGCUUGGUAAAACAAAGGCUGUAUUUCGAGCACUGUAUUAAUAAAAUAAAAUUUACUUUUCAGAGAGAAUAAAAAGAAGCCUGUUGUUACUCUGUCACCCAAACACAAACUUCCUAUUCAGCCAUCUAUAUUGUUAAAUGCAUUUUGGAGCCAGUAACACAAAAUAAACUUCAUUCCUCAUCUGUACUGUAAAUGGAGUAGGAAACUGAUCAAUAAUAAAAAGCAUUUACUUG